UCUCAGCAGCGGAUCAGACGCAUACGAACUGAACUCACGGUUUUGCUCCCACCGGCUGUCGACAGACUGGGAUACUUCCAUGUCAACAUUGGAACACAUGAAAAGCGACUGUUUCGCAUCUGGGACUUUGUCUUCCGCCUCUCUCAAAGGGACCAUCACUAAAAUUAAAAGCAGACAACCCAAGAAAAGGAAGUUUACACCCAACACAUCAGAGGACCUAGAUACUGAAUGUGAUAUUUGCAGAAUAUCCGGUCCCUCUGGCUUUAGUGGCCGCAACCGCACUGUGCGCCGGAUCUUCACUGCGUGCGCCCUGUCCUUUCUUGCGCUGUUUGGUGCAGUGGCCAUGGACUUCAAUGCGCGCACAGCGGUGUGGCGUGCCACUGAAACUACAUUGGGCGAGCUGACUUCCUGCCGGACUAACGCCACUCUCAGGCUCGUGAUGGACCUUCAGAACAUGAGAAAUGCGUGUGUGUUACAGAACGUUUGUGCCAGCCCUUGGGAUAUUUUAACAAGUGAGAUGACUCAGAUGUGUGUACAGGUAAACACUUCUGGCCUAAUAUCUAGCUGCAGCACAGAGUUAGAUGUGUAUUGUGCCCAGCUAGAAAGGAUUCAUUCACAAUUCAUCAACACAACAGAUACUGAAAAGGAUGUUAGAACAUCUAGCUUCACACUGUCAAUAACCUUGUUGUUGGAUUAUUGGGGCAAUACGGAAUAUGACAUCAGACUCCUGAAACUGACUCCAGACUGGGUAGAAGUUUUAUCACUGAGGCUCCUUGUGACCUUCUAUGAGCUGACCCACCAGUUACUUGAUGUCCAGCAGAUCGAUGACCGGCUUGGGUUUCAGCACAAGUGGUGGUCCACUCUCAACAGCCUCGCCAUGGCCAAACUCAUGUCCGAGAGCCUGGCUGGGUGCUGGGCUAAGAGCAUGGACGUGGAGCCUGACUCCCUCUUCCUUCUUGAAGCCUCCGGUAACCUGCUGUCCGGUAACAGCUCGGAGGGUGCCCUCGUAGGGGUGCUGGGUGCCUUGCGGGACACGCAGGAGUGCUUGGUGUGGACGGCAGGGGCGUCACUGAAGCUCCGGUCCCGGGAACUGCUGUCCAGCCUCAGCCUGAAGCUGUGCCUGCUGAGCCUGGCCUGCCUCAUCUACCCGGCCGUGCUCUUCUCCUUCAAGCAGAUGACCGAGUGGAUCCAGAACUAUGCGUGCAGCCUCCGCGAGCGCACCGAGGACCUGAAAAGAGAGCGGAGGCUGGCUGAGGACCUGCUCCACCAGAUGCUGCCCAAGUCGGUGGCCAAGCAGCUCAGGCAGCAGAAGCAUGUGGAAGCGGAGAGCUACGAGCAGGUCACCAUCUUCUUCUCUGACAUCGUGGGCUUCACGAUCCCAUAUCCUGAACAAUCUCUACAUGUGCUUUGCAGCCCACUGCGUCUACAAGGUAAACAGACUUCUGUGAUGCUGAACAACCUGUACAUGACUCCUCUGUGGCGUCACUGUAGCAAGGUAAACUCAGACUCCUGUGACGUCUACAAGGUGGAGACCAUCGGAGAUGCGUAUAUGGUGGUGAGCGGUCUGCCAGAGAGGAACGGCGAUAAGCACGCAGACGAGAUUGCCAAGAUGUCCCUGGACCUGGUGGCAGCCGUGAGACAAGUGGCCAUCCCGCACAUGCCCAACCAGCGGCUCCAGCUCCGAGCCGGCAUACACACAGGGCCAUGCGUGGCUGGAAUUGUUGGCUACAAGAUGCCUCGCUACUGUCUUUUUGGAGAUACUGUCAACACCGCUUCCAGAAUGGAGUCCACAAGCCUGCCCCAGAAGGUCCAUGCCAGCUCAGCUACCUAUUUGGCCCUGAUGAAGGACAACGCCUACGAACUACAGCUCAGGGGAGAGAUCGAAGUCAAGGGCAAGGGCAAGAUGAACACCUACUGGCUGGUGGGCCACAAGAACUUCAGUGUGCAGAACGACAGCCUGGUGUGCCACUGGAACCCCAACCUGGCCCGCAAGAAGAGAACUCCUGUGGGGAGCAGCGCCUCAAUGGCCAACUCCAGCCUGACCAUCCAGAGCGUGAGUGAGAACAUGACGCCCAUCUCUCAGCACCCGUCCCAGCCGGGGUCCGAGGCCACGCUGUGUGUGUCGGUGCAGGUGGAGAACUGCGCUGGCAGCUUCGGCACGCUGGGCUCCAUGGUGGGGGGCCUGCAGGAGAGCCCCAGGCAAAGCGGCUCCUCGCCGGGUCACAGAGCAGACCUGCUCCCGGGAGCAGUGCGGCCCUCAUGAGGAGGAAGAGGCUGAUGAAGGGAGCAGGGGAGGUUUGUGUUUGUGUGUGGACAAGCAUAGAUGUUAGAAAGCUAGAUACCGCAUUGUCCGUCGAGUUCUAUAAGGUGGCAUUCGCGAGCACGGCAGCCAUAUUGGGGCUGCCGUGGCCUACUGGUUAGCACUUCAGACCUGUAACUGGAGGGUUGCCGGUUCGAACCAUGACCAAUAGGCUGAAGUGCCCUUGAGCAAGGCACCUAAC